AAUAAUUUACUCCUCCCCAGUUUGUUUGAUUUGGCGGGAAAUACUUCCUAUUAUUGUUCCUAUCCGAUUUCAGAUUCAGCCUCUCCCUCCCCCUACGCUUUCAGUCCGAAUGCCCAACAACCUGCAAGAAUUUUAUCACUCUCUCUCUCUCUCCUCCAUUGUCUCACACUGGUCAGCAAUCUUCGAACAGCCCUGUUGAUGGCAUGGCGGAGGUGGUGGAAGAUUACCCCUGUAAUCUCUGCGAGAAGGAGUUUGAGGGGUUUUGGGCACUGUACGAUCAUUACUGUGCGAAACACAGACAUGACUACCCAUUUGCCUGUGAUCGCUGUGGAAAGGGCUUCAAGAAAGCCGAGUUCAAGCAACAACACGAGGAAGAGCCGCAUCAACAGCCGCGCCACAAUGUCAGCGAGCGCCGCCAGCGGCGGCGCCGCCGCCGCCGUAAAAAUUGACGGUGGCGCGUCUUUUCUCCCUCGGCAGCAACGAUCCUUUAAGACCAUGAGGAAAUGGAAGAUAAUCCCCUCUUGUGGGACGAUGUGCGUGUGCUGCCCUGCUUUGAGGUCCACAUUUCGACAACCUGUGAAACGAUACAAGAAACUCCUUGCUGAUAUCUUCCCAAAGUCUCCGGAUGCACCCCCAAAUGAGAGAAAAACUGCGAAGUUGUGUGAAUAUGCUGCCAAAAAUCCAAUUCAAAUCCCCAAGAUUGCCAAGUAUCUCGAAGAAAGAUGCUGCAAAAAACUGUGGAGUGACCAUGCAAAGUUCAUCAGUGUUAUUAUGGAGGCUUACAAUAAGUUGCUAUGCAUUUGUAAGGAGCAGAUGACAUAUUUUGCUGUCAAUUUGUUGAAUAAGGUCAAUAAGCUGCUAGUGGGGCCUAAUCAAUCUGCUUUGCUGAUUCCUGGAUGCCAGACCUUAACCAAGUUUUUCUACAGUCAGGUGGGUGGAACUUAUGCACAUGAAAUUGAAAAUUAUGCUCCCAAGGUUUGUAAACUUGCACUUAAGCACGGGGAAGAAGGUAGUCCUAGCAGCUUAAGGGCAUCAAGUCUUCAAUGUCUCUCGGCCAUGGUAUAUACUCGAUGCAGGAGACAUAGCAGCUGAUGGAAAUGAUGUUAAGAAAUUCUAAUAUGGUCUUCAACGGAUGCUCGUUAUGUAGUCCCUGAAGUUCUGUAAUCAGUGAGCAACUGGGAUUUUGGGGGAUUGGCUGGUGGACAAUUUUUGGGUUUAGAUGUACAUUUUGGGAUUUUGUGGGUGUCUUCUUGGUAAAAGUGGCAAACUUUUGUGCCUGAAUGAUGAGCAAAAUUGUAAACCCAAUUGCCCAAGAGCAACUUAAUAGAUGAU